GAAAGUCUGAGUAAAACAGAUAUUUUUCAAUCUCCAAAAAUUUUUUUGUCUAGUUAUUUUAGGAUUAAAAAAGGCUGUAAAAGAGUGUAUUUUACAGAAAAUAGAAAGCCGUGUGGAAAAAGCAAUUUUUUGUCUUUCUUUCCUUUUCUUUAUUUUUUUUUUUUGUAUGGACACCAAAGAGUUUAAGCUUUAUAGCUCUACUUUUUCAUAUUGCGGCAUUCAGUUUCUAGACAAUCUUGUAAGAGAACUAGCAGAACUAACUAACAGUCAUACGUGUAUACUAUUACAACUAUUAUCAACCGAAGAAUAUAAACAGCUAUUGACGAUUUAUCCUCAAACAGAAGGCAAAUGUAAUGUCAUAUCUCGAUCGAGUUCUCCUGAAGGUGAAGAAAAAAUAAACGAGUGGAGUGAUCAUUAUUUGAUGAUACGAUCGAUAUAUUCAACCAAGAUGAACCAUACCAAAAACAUGAAACCCAAUAGUAUUAUUCCAAUCUCUUUACUCAAUACCAACUCACCCUUCAUAAAGACAUUAUCAUCAAGUGACAUUUCAAAUCCGUGUAUCAUUCAAGAUCCACAUCUAGUCGAAGAAGAUAUUUAUCCUCUAUUUAAGCAGUUUAUUGGCAUUCAACUCACAAAAGAAAAGAAAGAAAGAAACGGCAUUCUCUGCGUGAUGAGUGAUGAUCAAGUUGAGGAUAGGGAUCUAUUAUUUAAAGUCAGUAAACGAUGUAUAAACGAGUUGAAUCAAACAAGUAGAGAAGAACAGCUGACGAUUGCAAGAGAUUUAGCCAUUUUGGAUGCAGAAAAUAAGCUGAAAUUUUUAGCAGACAUGAGUCAUGAAAUAAGAACACCUAUGAAUGCAGUCAUUGCCUUGACCGAUUUAUUAUUACAAGAAAGAAUCAAUCUGAAUAGUGAACAAGUAGAACAUUUAGAACUUAUUCAAACAAGUGGAAAUCAUAUCUUGACUAUUGUCAACGAUAUCUUGGAUAUCUCUAAAUUAAAUCACGAUCCCAAGUUUAAAUUAGAGACAAGAAGGUUCAGUUUAAGAAAGUGUUUGAAAGAUUCACUCAGUAUGGCUAGACACCAAGCAGCCAUGAAUCAACAUAACAAAGCUGUUUACGUAUUAGAAUGUCCACCUGAUAAAGAUGACAAUAUUCCAUUACCACAAUUUAUUCAACAAUUAGAAGCCAGCGGAAUACUCUUGAAGCCAUUCAUGCAUAAAAAGGGCAAGACGGUAUUACCAAUCAUUUGGAGAAUAGAUUCAGACGUGCCAGAUCAUUUAUUAGGAGAUACAAUGAGAUUAACACAAAUUAUAUUAAAUUUAUUAUCAAAUGCAGUCAAGUUUACAAAACAAGGUGGUAUUUACAUUCGUAUCAAACGUUCUAUGCCAACACCUCGUACACCUCAACAACAACAACAAGUGGGAUCAGACAAACGUAUGACAUUCAAAGAGCGAUACGAUGCAAAGAUCGAGACUAUCUGGACAAGAGCUAUGCAGGAAAGAAAGGAUAGUUUUAGUAACAAGGGAACAUCACCCACUACAGAUGACGAUAUGGACUAUUUCAGUGAAAAGGCAGUACUAGAGAUAUCAGUGACCGACACGGGUAUUGGCAUACCAGCAGACAGACUACCAAAAUUAUUCAAAUCAUUUUCACAAAUCGAUAUAUCCACAGCGAGAAGAUACGGAGGCACGGGAUUAGGUCUGGCUAUAUCAAGCACACUCGUCAAUCGAAUGGGCGGAUGCGUCUGGGUUGAAUCAGAGGAAGGUGUUGGAUCUAGAUUCGCAUUGACUUUACCCAUGACAGUAGCACCAAGAGGAAGACAUUAUAGUAGCGAUAGUAAUACAACUCCUACAAACUGUUAUAUGAAUUCACCCUCGUCACCCUCUUCAACCAUCUCGGACAGUAGCAGCCAUUCCAACCCGCUUGACAUUGUGUCACCUUUACCCACACUGUCCAACUCAACUUAUUUCAGUAGUACUAGCAAUAAUAAUCACAGUAAUAACAGUAGUAACAACAAUACUAAUAACAACAACAAUACCAACUUUAUACCAGCACCGCAUCCACACCAAAGACCGCUCUUGACCAGGGCAGCACCCCAUCAGCUGGAUGAAGUGAGCGAUUCCCCUAUGGCAGAGGACACCCAAGUGCUAGAUGGUAGAAAGAAUAACAACACCAAUACAGGCUCUAUCAGUAUUAUGAGUGCAGCUGGAAACAACAACAACAAUAAUAAUAAUAGUACGUCAUCAAGAGCAAAUAUAAAACCCUAUGCACGCAAACCACAAGGAAAAGAGGAAAACUUGGCCAAGGUGCAUCCAUUAAGGAUACUAUUAGCAGAGGACAACAUACUGAAUCAAAAGAUAGCUAUAAGCAUAUUAAAAAGACUAGGAUAUGUUGACGUAGUGAUCGCCAACAAUGGAAAAGAAGUACUCAGUUUGAUGAAGAGUAAUGUGUUUGAUGUGAUCUUUAUGGAUCUUUAUAUGCCAGAGAUGGAUGGCUUAGAAGUAACAAGAGAGAUUAUAAAGGAAAGAAGUAAAGAAAACAGUGAACUACUCAAUUGUGUGGAUGUUUACAUCAUUGCUCUCACCGCAUCAGCAUCAAGAGAAGAUAGACAAAUCUGUAUUGAUGCAGGCAUGAACGAUUUCAUAAGUAAACCGUUUACGAUGGUAGAAAUGAAAUCAGCGCUAAAAACAUGUGCAAAUAAUCGCAAAAAGCGCCGAAAAUUGGUGGUUGAGAAGGACGAUCCAAUGAUUGUGUGAAUGUACAUAUUAUUAUUAUUUAUCUUUAUUUGUUUCUAGUAUUAUUAUUAUUAUUGUUGUUG